AUGGCGGUGACACACCAGUUUUCUGUAGAGGCCAUUCUCCGUCUGGGUGGUAAGCAGCAUUCAUUUUUAAGCUCUUUUUAUGUGAAAUGUGGCAGUACUCUUCCAAGUGAAGACUGAAAACAGCCAGCGACCACUCCGAUGAGACUUGCUGGGGACAUAGUCGCCGACCUCAUGAAGUGUUAGCCGAAAUUCUGAAAUGCGCUUUUGAUCAGAAAAGGUAACAUAGGUGCAGUUGUAGAACCGAUUAUCAUGCGGCAAAAUGUUGUGACAUUUCGGGCUCCUUAGAAUGUUGGCUUUUGAAUGCACUUCUUUUCUACCUCCUGUGAAAAUCACGCUUGGCAAAAAUGACUAUUAAGUUAUUAUUCAUUUUUCAUAUUAACUUUCGGAGUCCUUAUAUUUCAUAGAAAGUAUGCAUAAAAGUAUGCUUUAGUUUACUCAUCCGCUAGCCAGUCACGUCACUUUCACAAUUUAUACCCGAAAAAGGGCAUGUUUGGUUUUUUGAAAAAGUUCCCCACUACCGAAUAAUUUCGAGCCAGAUCAGCCAUUGCGUUAGCGUCUAGCAAUUUCAGUCUGCAAGGAAAAUCAUACAUUCCGCUAUGCCUUUAAGAAGAAACCAUGUGGAACUCGUAACAUUUGGCAAUGGAUGCGGACUUCGUUGUAUACCACAUAAGAAGCAUUAAUAAAUACAGAGGUACGAUGUUGCGCUAAUGGGCAUUGCACAAUUUUGAAGAUCGCAUAAUUAGAAGUUUUCUAAAAAAUCAAAAGGCACUUUUUCUCCAAGUAUAAAAUUUUAAGAAAACGUAGUCUGCUACCAAAUAAGUACAAGAAAGAAUAUUUUGUGCGUGUUUUCUGCUAAAUUUAUUGGAAUUUAUAAAGCAACGCAAGUCAAUGAGAAAAACGCAUAGUACUUUAGUAGUCAUUUUGUCAAGUGCGGUUUUUACAGGAGGAAGGAAAGAGGCGCGUCCAAAAGCCAACAUCCUUCCAAGUCGGAAAUUUCAUAGAUUAUGGCGCGUGCUAAUCAAUAUUACAAUCCCAUCUGUGUCAUCCUUCCUAAUCAAAAACGCAUUCCAGAAUUUUGACAAACAUUUCAUGAGAUCGGCCACUGAAUUUGUACAUGUAUAAGUAUUUUAAGGAAAUAAGUUCUUUGCAACGGGAUAACAAACUUUAUUUCGUAAGUUUUUGACUCUGGUUUCUCAGGCCAACCUCACACGUGAAGCAACAGUACAAAACUGUCAAAUUUUAAACAGGUUUAACAACUGACAUCGCCUUGUCGUUCCUGCCAGUCGGCCUUUAUCAUAGAUAGGCAUCGCGUCCUGAUUGGCUAUCAUCUUUUUCCUUUUUCCUUGUGAUUAAUGUACACAUUGUCUAUGUCGAUGUAUCAGUUGAUGCAUGCUUUUUCAGAAUGUGUGGUCCCGAAAAUCUCUCGUCCUUUCUUAGAUGCACAGACACAAAAUAAUGCGAGUUUUGUGCUAAGCGAAUUUAUGUUUAGUUUCCAGUGCUUGCACGGGAACUUGUGACAAGUGGUCUUGCCUUUUUACUGCCAGCUGAUGACCAUGUAUGCGUCUAGAAGCUGAUUUUCCAGUCUGGCCUAAAUAAACAGCAUUGCAGGUGUCGCAUGAUAUCUUAUAGACGAUUUUUGUCAAAAUAUCGAACGUUAUCCUCAGGGUGGCAGGCCGAAUGCGUAGAUUAGUCGUCGGCUUGUGCGCCGCAUGUAUUUACCGCCUCCUCAGGUGUCUUUUGAUGAGCUUGGACAUUUUCAUGUGAAAAAUUAAGCACCUGAUUGGAACAGGCUCUUUUCUUGUCUUUUUUUCCUAAAUCUCGUUGCUUCAUACAUCGACGAACAGAAUCUCUAGGAUGCCCAUUCUUGGAAAACAGGUUAGACAAAUAAUUUAAUUCGGCACCGGUAAGGUGUAUGACCCCCAAUUAACUUGAGCUAGCCUGUGGACUGUGAUAUACGUUGAGUGGUGGUAGAGGUGGUUUUACGUGUGGGCCAGCACACAGGACGGAGAGCAAGAAGUCACAGAAAAUCUAUCAAUUUCUGCCGAAAGUCUUAUCGUAGACUGUCAUUUGGCAAAGACAAUGAGCAAGGUAAUUAAAAAAGGAAAAAAACACUUUUGAAGAAAUAACGGACUUUGAAUAAAUGCUGAUGAUAAGUUUACACUUAGUCAAAAAGGCAAAUAAAUCUCAACCAAUGGGAACGGUGAAUAAUAAAUGAUGUUCACAGUCACACUGAAUUUUAGGGUAUAUUUUUUGGAGUUGCCAUGCACUUUUGGGCCCUGCAUCCUAUCGUUGCCUUUAGUUCCGCUCGGUAACUUUCGUUGUCAGAGCAGAGAGAUAUCGCUCGAUUAAGGAGCCUGUUAACGACACUCUUUUUUUAAACGAUAGGGUGAUUGCUCUCAUAAUGCAAAAGAACUGAUGUGUAAAACGUCCCGUGAGUUCUUCUCGCUUCAAGGAAAUCAAGAAAUGAGAGUUUGUCAUCAACCUCUUUUUUGAGUGUGAAUGUUAUUCCUGGAAGUGUUUAGCUAACAAUGCUACGGAUAAUUUCCAGUUUAUCUCUUUCAGCAUCAACGAAGGUACUAUCAAUAGUUAGGGUUAACUAGUGGUAGUGCGACAGCUUCUAAUCUUUACCUGUUGACUUCUUCAAGAAAAUCAGAGAUGGGUGAUCCCAUAGACUUCUUUCAGCUUUUGAUAGUAUUUCUGUGCAAGUAAAAAGUCCUUUUUAGACAUAGAUUGAAGAGUUCUAGCAAAACAGGAGAGUAAAAACCCAUUUCGUAGAAGUGGAGAGUUUAUUCUGUGCACUACCUCGCAAAAUCCAGUGAAGAAUGAGAGACAACAGCAAAUGUUACCAUCAUCUAAUCUGCUGCAAUUUUGAGUCCUUAUAAUUUGUCCAGAAAUGCUACUGAAUCCUUGACUGACGUUGCACAAUCCUUUGCCAGUAGAUUUUGUGGAACAGCCAGUUAGAAAUCUUGUGAGUAGGUGCAUCGAUUGACGAUAUUAUCAGUCGCAGUGGUAUUUCGGGUUUGGAAGUCUUAGGCAGUCCAGUGAUCUUAGCGACGAUUAUUCCAUUUUGUCGCAGGGAUUCGGCAAUGUCACCUGAUAUAUGGUUCUUCCCGGUAAGAGGUUUUAGAAUAUUUUCAAAAAUUGUACUCUGAGCUACGGUGGGAUGGUUUGCACAGUGCUUCCAACAAAAGUACUAUCUAAGUCAUUCUGACAGACAGUUAGCACGCAUGGAGACGAAUGCCCGAGUUCCAGGUGAAGAAGAAGAAGAAGAAGAAGAAGAAGAAGAAGAAGAAGAAGAAGAAGAAGAAGAAGAAGAAGAAGACGAAGAAGAGGCAGACCGACUGGCCGAUUGAUCGAACUCUUACACGAGUUCAUCAUCAGAGAUGACAGCAGCAGCAGCAGCAGCAGCAGCAGAACAAGUGACAGAUAUGGGACGUAGUAAACAAUUGGCGACCAGCGCCGCAGGUCUGUAUGCCGAAACCAGAUUUAUGGGGUUCACGUCAAAGGUUCGACCUUUAGUUAAAUCUUGACUUUUCUUGCAUCCGGCGCGGGUCAGUGUUUUCGCGCAAAGGAGGCGCAGUUGCUGGGGCGAGGGAUUAAUUCGCCUAACAUUUCGCAGAUGGAAGUGGGCGCAAUCCAGAAGACGAAGAUGUGAUCGCUGAAACAUGAAAUUUAUUGGCCUGACGUUUCGGAUUCUCACUCGAGCCCAUCAUCAGAGACAGUUGCAGACGGAAGUGGGCGCAAUCGCUGGCAAGUCCAACCGACCCGUCUUCGCGUGCCACGCGCGAUCUGAUUUUCACCGCAUAUACUUGGUGAGAGGUCUCGGGCUUCGCGUACUUGAGGUUGGGGUAUAAUGACGGCAAUGAAGGGGCUAAUUGAAGCCCAACGCUCGAUUUUGAGGUGGACGGUGUUAUUCCUUUGUUAUGACCCGGGAAAAAAAGGUAGGACAGAAAGAGUGCCGGUUCAGAGGACAAGCACUUUAUUGGUAACUUGCGGACACGAGGGGUUGCAACUCGUAGGAAAAAUACGCUAUUUAUAUUGGCUCCUGUGCGCUCUGGAACAUUCCGUCCAAUCACGUGCCAGCCGUUGAGGGCGUUCUAGAAUGUUCCUGACCCGGACGUGCUGGUCGCUGAUUGGCCACCGCGUGCGCGAUAGCCCCCCCUCCUCCCCCGCGGAAACGUCUGGAAUGUUCGACCAGCCAUUGGUUGUGCCGCACACGUGAGCAAAGCCACCACACGUGCUCGACGCUGCAGUGCACGCCGGUCGGCCGUCCAACUUCACACGUGUCUCACGCCGCCGGCUUGGUCCCCUGUUCAACGCAUUAGGCCGUGGCUUUACGCCGCUUGCACUCUCCAUAACAUCCUUCAUUAGGGAAUCUUCCAAACCACACGUCUCAACGCGUCCUGAUAGGUUCAACCGUGUCAGUAAGGAUUACAAUUUCGCUUUGUCAGUUUCAGGUUCUCUUACCUCUCCCACCUGCCAGGGGGCUGGUUAAGACCAAGCCAACUGCUACUGCCCUUGGAACCCGUGGCCGACAGAGCCAAACAACCUAUCAGGGCGCACCACACAAGACACGGGGGUGGUACUAUAAUAAAAGACUGCUUGUAGGCGUUAGGACUGCUUUUCAGGGCGUGAAAUCACACAAAUUAAGCUUAAACAUUACGGUCGCUAUGUUGAUGAUAUCUUUGCAAUUGCCACUGCAGAAACCGACGUAGCUACCCUAUUAGAUGGUGCAAAUCAGGCACAUCCCUCGAUCACAUUUAUGCUGGAGCUCGAAACGGCCGGUUCGCUCCCUUUCUUAGAUGUUCUUCUAAGCAGGAGACCUGACGGGGGUGUCCGAAGAAGCGUCUAUCGGAAGAAAACCUGGUCUGGAUAAUACAUGAACAUCGCCAGUUUCGUACUCCUCAAAAUAAAACGAAAUCUAGUCCGAUGUUUGGCAGAAAGAGCUAGAAAAAUUUGCUCAGCAGAUAGCAUCGAUGAGGAGCCCAGAAAACUCCUGGACUUCCUUCGCGAAAACGGUAUCCUGACAGGUUUAUUGCAAAGAACAUUACCGAACGACCUCCAUGCCGACCGCCGACAAGAAAACUUCGUUCCUCAAAGUCUCUUUCCAAGGAGACUCUGCGAGUGAACCCUUAAAGAGGCGCCUUGAUCAAGCUGUCUCGCGAACCUUCCCAGCAGCAAGGGUUCAAAUAGCAUUCUCUACUAACCCUUUUUUACGCGGAGAAGGUAAGCAUAAUUUGUCACCGCAGAACACCUCAAUGUGCUCCUGUGGAGAAGGUUAUAUUGGUCGCACGAGUCGACGCUUAUCCAAGGGAAUACGGGAAGACCUCUCGGCAUGGCUUGGAAAAGGAGAAACGAGGAGCAUAAGCAGCGCCAUUCUCGCGCAUGUUGUCGAUUCCGGACAUCGCAUGGACCCCAACGAAGCUUUUCGUGUGAUUUAUAAGGUCCCAUCGAGCUACCCUAAGCUACUAGGUCAGCGUUUGUUAGCGACAACAGAAGCGGCCGCCAUUAGGUUACGAAAGCCAAUCUUAUGCGCACGGAAGAACCACGUUCAGGCUGCGCGCCUACAGUGGUCGAAGGUCGACUGACGCUGCAACUCUCCCCGCGCCCUUCCUCUCUCACACCGCCCCUGACAGUGACUGCUAUUACCCCCUCCCCCACAUUCCCACACUUCGCCUGCGUUUUAAGGAGAACUUUUAUCGAUUUCUCUUAUCGCUGAAAUGUUUUACUUCUACCCCGUUCCCAUAUAGCUGUAUUGGCCCGGCGAGAAUUUAUCCAAUGCUACGUAUGCUCGCCAGCUCGUCUUCUAACAAAUUAAUAAGUUUGAAUUUCAAAAAAGAGGACACCUUUCUGUUUUUUGAAAAUAACGCCGCUGUUUACAUUUCGCUUUACGCGACAUGUUCAAAACGAAGAACCAACUUCCAAGUUAACGUGGGCUAGUUUGAUAAAGGACUCCUGUUUAAAUUAAAGUCAUUUAGAGGGAAAAUAAGUACUGCUGUUCAAAUACAGUCUAAGACAUUUAUUAGCACAGGAAUUCCCUUGAAAGUAAGGGAAUGUUAAUUUUCACUGGAAUGUGUAAAUUUUGCCCGACAAAAAAUGCUUAAAAACAUAUUUUACGUCAGAAAAAUACUUUUUUGCGGAACGUGACGGGCGAAAAAGAUAAUCAACGUUUGAUUUUUUCCGAGAUGAUCAUUUGGAUUUCAGUCCCCACGUUUCAUGAGUUACGCCAAUUAACGUACACUAAAUAAGUCACAAGUAGACAUCCCAGCCCCCAAUAUCUACUUAAAAUAUUAUAUCUUGAUAAGGACUUGUUGAUCACCACGUAACCACCUGAAAAACGAAAAGCUCAAAUAUCCCUCACUUUAGAAAAUUUGAAUUGUUUUAAUCGAGCAUAUAUUGCUUUAAGAUAACGAAUUUGGCCAGGGUUCGACAUUUGGCACAGCGCCUACGCAAGGGAUGGAACAGAUGCCCUCGAAAUUCGAACGACGGAAAGAACGCGUAAGGCCUGUGCGACUUCCCAAGCGAUGCAAUGUGGGCAAGAGACCCCGGAGAACCCCACUGGAAUGCAAUCAGGCCAGAAGAAGGCGGACCUGCUUCUCACACACGCAGUUAGCCGGACUUGAAGGCUACUUCUGUGCACAAAAAUACCUCAGCGUGUCUGACAGAGCACUUCUGGCUACCCGUCUUGGUCUUAAAGAGACCCAAGUGAAGACCUGGUACCAGAAUCGAAGGUAGGUGGAGUGGAGUUUAUUGUAGAGAACACGAGCCACUGUGUUUAGUGUGACAAAUACAGACUUAAGACAGCUUGCCUCUCUCAAAUGGCUUUAUUUCGGUCUGAAAGGCUGCUUAUGUUUACCCGUGCAGCCUCUCCAACUUUAUAUAUUCCGAGUUUGUACCUACUUAAUAUAAGGCAGUAGACAUUUUUACUUCUUUGUAAAUUCUACCUCGGCGCAGACGAGACUGCAUUAGCUAAACACUAAUUUGCAGACCUGCCUUCCGUCUUGACGGGCUGACGAUGGCUAAUAAGCCAGAAAUUGCCAUUCCAGUCUCCCUUGUCCUUGUCGGUAAUAUCAUUCUGCCCGUAUCAUGCGCCGCUGUGUGGCUGUUGUUUGGGCUCGAGACACAACGGAACGAGUGAGUUCCGUAAGAACGAUCGGUGAGCGCCCGCUACCAUUAUAAACAUAUAUUUGUUGAAAAGAGACGGGUUCUGUGGGACAAGAGGAUUUUUUGCGUAAGUUUUCGACGCUGGUCCCUAGGUCUUUGUCAGACACAAACUGAGAGCAAACGUGAAAGCAUGAACCAGCUAACGUCACGAGUACACAUAAAAUCGAUACUUGCAUGGCGUGUGCGUUGGUAGGCGGCCGCCGUGUGUCAGCCUGAUCUGGUUGGCUCCUUUCUCUUCCAUUUCUUCUUCAGGUUUCUGUACACGGCAUCCAAAUGGACGAGACUGCAUUAGCUAAACACUAAUUCACAGACAGCCUUCUGUAUAAAUUCCUCGAACGUAAUUCACUGCAUCGUCCAAACAUAUAAACUUUACCUUUAUGAUGUUAAAGCUGAAUGUCAUGUUUUUCAUUAAUAAGAACAAAGUGGAAACGCCAACUUCUUAUCUUCCGUGAUUCGGUCUUUGGUCCCCAGCUGGAUUACUUAAGAGCGCAACAAUCUUCAGUCUUUUUCUCGAAGUUCAGUUCAGCAGACGUCAGCAGGCCAGUAUCACCUCAGCUGGCUAAAGCAACUGCGAAUAUGACCGGAGGCUUCCUGAACAGUCCCCAAAUAUUCAACAUAAAUGGCUCCUGGAGAUUUUAGGAGGAUAUUUCCAUUCGACUGCGUUAUAUCUACUUUUUGUAAUUUCCAAACCGCUAUAAAAUAAUAAUGCUUGACCUGGAGUUAGUGUUUGGUUUCAGUGGUGCCUCUGGCCUCCAGACUGACUGUAUAGAACGUUUAUCAUAAAUUAAAGCGUUUGUGUGAAUUUAAUUCUUAAAUUUUGAUUUGUCAGGGUUGUCAGACCAUGAAAAGAAAAUAUGCCAAAGUGAGUCCUUUUAAUAAAUCUUGCCCCACUCGAGUACGUAAAAGUCGUGACUGAACCACGGCUUAGCGAUUCCUGAGUUAGCUAACGUAUGUUUUCGGUCGAUUUGUUACUCAUUCCUUUGACAAGUGGAAAUUCAGAAUGCUCAUAGAUCGUCAUCUAUCAUAUUAAGAAUUGAGAAUUGUUUUCAGUCAGUUAGUAUGACUGUGACUCCUACCACCAUCCAAAAAAUGGCCUCCUGGUAGAUGGCGUUUCGAGGGCGAUUUAAGGAAACACACGGUCCGGUUGAUGUAAUGAGAAGUUAGCUAAUAGUGUUAAGUUGUUGUUCUUGAAUUCGAAUAAACACGAGUCCCGACAACGGUCCAGAUUAAUAUGUGCAAAUAUCCAUAUCCUUCUAUUCUGGCCUUAUAUUUCUUAACUCGAACACGAGAAUGACCAUCAGUGCUCUGGAGGAGGAGGAGGAGAAGAAGAAGAAGAAGAAGAAGAAGAAGAAGAAGAAGAAGAAGAAGAAGAAGAAGAAGAAGGAGUGGUCAUUUGAGCUUUAUUUGGAUUAUGGAAAGGUAAAGUUGGCCAUCGCCGGUCCCAUCCGCUCAUCUUGA